AUGGCAAUGCUGCCUUUGACUAGCUGCUGCGGCUGCGGCUGCGGCGGCCUUCGAGCAGCGCUGGACCUCCUGCGGCAUUGUGCCGUGUUGCGCAGCCAGCCGCAACAACAGCGCAAUGAAGCGGUCCUUCGGGAAGCUUCCCAAGACUUCGUGAGAGUCUCAAGCCAGGUCAUUGAAGAUCACAAGUCGCUCCUAUGGCUGGUGGGCACCGGCAGUUCAGCGCUGGCAGGAUGGUGUGUGUACGUCUUGCGGAGGGUGCACUACGAACGCAUCGAAGGAGCUAUGAGUGAGAUUUCCUUAAAGAUGAAAGACAUGGAAAAGAGAGCUGAUCAUGAGAAGAGCGAUGUGCGGAGUAUCUCGAAGAUCGAGAUGGUCACCAUCAUCGCUCCAGCCGUGGUCUCGGCCUUUUCCUUCGGCUACUUAGCUGGACGUGCUGUCAGCAGCUAUCAAUGGCACAAACAGUUGAGGCUUCAGACUGGUCUGACUCAAAAGAAAGUUUACGUGGCGGUGAUCCCGGCACCACAAUUCGAGGCCAAGACCUUGGCGCGCGAACUGGAACGUGCCAUCGGGCAGAACACCGAGACCUUGGACACGAGGCGUCUCCGGGUCUCCGGCCGCGACGUGGGAUCCGCCAUGGAUCAGAUCAGCACCGAUGUCGACAGGGUAACCCCUCAAGAGCUGCCGAGCUUCGCUGCGGAUUUGGGUUUUGGCUCUAAGCGGGCAGCAGAUGCAUCGGGAAAGGAUUCGAAAUAUGUGGCGACCUUGGAACAUGUCAAGGUGAACUUGAAGAAGGAACAGAUGAUGGAGGACAGGUAUACAGAGAUCGAUCGCGACAAUCGCAUUCUUCUGAAGAAGAUGACAGAGAUCAUGAAACAGCAGACCACGUUCCCUCCAGCCGAAAGGAAAUCAGGACCCACCAGCCUCAACCGAGAUGCACGGAAGAAGGAGUUGAUGAGAAUCACACGAGAAAAUCAAUCGAUCCUCAAGAGGAUUCAGCAGGCCCAACCGGUUUACAACCACGUUGAAUGGGAAGAUCAGCAUCGCCGUAACGUGACGUACUUGAGGAACAAAUGCGAGUUCCCCGUGGUUCUGAGGACGCCCCGCCGCGGCGGAGCUUCCAGCGAGCUCAUCAACAUGGGCGAGGAGGAUGGCGCCAUGACAAGUCGUUCAGCGCCGUCCACCAGCCGAGCACCGCCCAAGGACCUAGCGGAUGGCGCCAACCAGAAGUAUGUCUUGAAGGAAGGAAUGAAGCUCAGUGACACCUACUAUCUGGUGGACAUGUCAACUGAUGGCCGGAACCUGUUUAUCUCAGCCUACGACAACACCUCUUCCACGACUUUAGAGCUGAUCAUAAAGGAGAAGUUGCACCGGCAGCUCUACCGGGAGACGAAUGGCGACUAUCGCCGCAUUGCAGAUCGUCUCAAAGUGGCGGAGGACGGCAAACUUCUGCUGGAUGGCGAAGAGGCCGUUGACGAGUUGGACGCUGCCGCCAUGGUCCGUUCCAAGGGCUCGCUCUCCGCCCGUUAG